CCGUCGAGGAUGGACGUGUGUUGCGCGCUCUGACAGCACCGAUAUUACGUGUCUCUAGUGCGUUACCAUACAACUCGGACCCAAAGUAUGUAAUUCAAGGUGUGACUGUGUUUGGAAUAUCCGGGAGUCUGUGAUAAGUGAUGGAACUGUUAUUUUGAAACUUAUGAGGAUGUAUGUCUUAUUGGCGAUACUCAGCUUACUUGUGAAAGAAUCUCUACUACUAAGGAUAGUGCGAGUGUCAGUGCCCACAUACAGGGUGAGAGGUCAGCCUACACAGCUAGAAUGCGACUACGAGUUGGGCUCAGACAACCUGUAUUCAGUGAAAUGGUACCGAGAUAACGAAGAAUUCUACCGGUAUAUGCCCAAGUACGACCCGCCGAAGCAUGCCUACAAGUUAGAAGGGAUCAAAGUCGAUCUACAAAAGUCAGAUGACCGAAGAGUGGUGCUCCACCCAGUGAUGCUGAAGUCUAGUGGGCUGUAUAGAUGCGAGGUGUCGGCAGAAGCGCCGAGUUUCGCAUCGGGAUCAGACGAAGGCAGGAUGGAAGUUUUAUAUUUACCACGAGAAGGCCCAAGAAUAACAGGCAACGAGCAAGAGAACAGAAGAGGGGACUCAAUGUUCUUGAACUGUACAUCGGGACGAUCGUACCCAGCUGCUGUGCUUAGUUGGGACAUCGACGGAGAGAAGGUGACAGACCCAGAUCUCUUAGUGGAGUACCCACCCACGCAGCACUCCCAUGGUCUGCUGUCCACCGCUCUCGGUCUCCGAGUGCCGGUCGGGCGGACGAUGCAGGUGCGAUGUACCGCACGAGUGGCGCCAGCUUGGAGAGAAGGCAGCGAGGCUGUGGUUGGGAACAGCCAGCUGGCUGAUAGCAAGGAGGCUAUGUUGCUUGUGCGCAGCUCGAGCGAGGCGUCCACAUUAAGCGUAACGCUAUUAACACUUCCCUUGGCCUUACUCCUCGGUUCCGUAAUACAAUUACAAACGUGAUAAAUUAUCUCCCUAUUUUAUUAACUAAACGUGAUCUAGGAGAUGACUAACGUGUUAAAUAGAAUACAAAGAUUUCUACUUGGGUUAACUAUAUUUUGUAAGAGAUACAGGCUGAUUUAAAAAAAAUGUUGCUUUCUUGUAUUGAUUUGCUUGACUUUGACUUUAUUAAAACCUUUUUGAGAGUAAUUUAUGUUUUUAAUUUGUGUACAAUAAUGUUUUCGAGUACUUUUUAAAUACCUUCGAAUGUACAAACUGAUAAGAUCUUACUUUUUAUUGUAUCUAAUACUUUCAUUUUUUAUCUUGUUUUUUAAUUGUUUAAUGCAUAUCGUUAAAUCUUAGGUAGUUACAGUUAAUAAUAGGUAUAUUAAUUUUUUAAAUAAAAAUAUUAAGUCUUCGAUACAUAUCUGUAACGGAAUAGUUAAAGCUAGUAAUUGUGUAAGAAAAUUUAAAUCAUUUGGCUCAUUUUAGUUCUGAUAAUGUAUUUGUUAAAAGAUGUAUAGAAUAUUUUCGCAAUGGAAAGCUUAUGUUUUUUUUUAUUCUACAAGAUAACUUUUUACUUGAAACUUGUACAUAAUGUUAGAAACGCCUUCCUAGAUGAUAUUAAAUUUGAGAUGUAAAUAAAUGGUUAAAUAAAUUAGGUGAAAGUAAUUUGUUUUUGUAAAAUACUAGGUAAAUUGAAAACAUUUCAUGUAAAAUAAAUUGUAACCUCAAAAUUUUUAUUGACAUUUAAAUGUGUGAAUUUCAAAAAUAUCACUUUAUUUUCAGUGCAUUGACUUGCAUUUAACACGUAUUUCUAAUCGGUUACAUUUUUCAUGUAUAAUUUGUAUUUGCUGGAAUAUAAUUCUUUCAACGUUUCCAAACAUUCCAAACAAAAGUUUCAUGUUAUUUUAGUAAACUCACAAAGCAUAGAAACUUCAACAUCCAAAUAAAUUGGCAUUUUGACAGCUUGAAGCUGCUUCAAUCUAAUGUAAUCUGAUUUGAAUCUAUCUAAUUUGAAUAAUUGACAGUGUUUCUAUCUAAGCAAAAACUAUGAAAAUAAAGUUAUAAAAAGCUAAUCAAAUCUUUGCUAAUUGACAAAGGUGUUACACGCAUUUAAAACGUCAUUUUCUAUGCUUUUAUAUUCAAACUCAGUCAUAUUGGUUGCGUUCUGCGGGCUGCGGUUAGGUCGAUGUGAACGCAGCCCGCAUUAUGUAUGAACAACCGCAGAAGAUAUCCAGCGCAGCAAAUCCUUAAGAAAUAUAAUUACAUAUUUAGGAAAAUGCUUUAGUUUUCCUCACUUAAUGCAAGUCAUUUAUUAUAAGUUGCUGUUUCCACAGUCCCA